CAUCCACUCCCUCAUCAUAUCACGACUCAAUUACUGCAACUCCCUCCUCACUGGCCUCCCUCACCACAGGCUAUCCCCGCUUCAGUCCAUCCUGACAACCGCUCCGCUUCUGCCACCCCCCUCUGCCAAUCCCUCCACUGGUCUCCAUUCAGUGUCCUCCACCCCCCUCUGCCAAUCCCUCCACUGGCCUCCAUUCAGUGUCCUCCACCCCCUUCUGACAAUCCCUCCACUGGCCUCCACUCAGUGUCCUCCACCCUCCUCUGCCAAUCCCUCCACUGGCCUCCACUCAGUGUCCUCCACCCCCCUCUGCCAAUCCCUCCACUGGCCUCCAUUCACUGUCCUCCACCCUCCUCU